GUCGAAGACUGCUGUGGAGUGAAGCUUGCAGCUCCUCAUCUCGGCGUUGGACUGACUCGACUGCACCUGUCGCGUUUUCAUAUAGUGUGUGCUACUUAUGCUCAAGUAUUUUAAGGGCAUGUUACGCCGGGCGGUGGUCGUGGCCGCGGCGGCGCUGCUGCUCGCCGCGCCGCCCGCAGGAGCCUCGUGGCGCUUUGAGGACAGGUCGACUCGGCCUCCGGCGUCGGCCUCGUCUAUCGUCACGUCCAGCUCGACCAUCACUACCUCCUCUUCAACUUCGACUUCUGUUUCCACGCCUGAUGAAGUCCAGACAGCAGCAGAAGCGAAGUCCAUCCCGCAGCUUGCCGUUAACGAAACUGAACCUCGAUUCAUUGGAAGUCUCAAGAAGAAACUGUGCAGUGUUGGCCUCGGACUGAACAAAGAGCUUGUUUUUAAGGGUUGCAAAGACACGGGUGUCGCCAAGAUAAGAGUCACUCGACAAACCUCGGAGAAUUCAAAUGACCCUGCGACACGGUUAAUCGGACUGUUAGGUGGUCUAGGUAGUGGGAGUGGUUUGGAUGGUCUCAAAGGCCCAGCGUUUGUGCCAUCUUUUGGGGUUAAUUUUGGGAGUUUACCGACGGGUGGUGGUUAUGGGCCUUAUGGUAGCCCUUACGGUGGCAAUCCGCUGGGACUCGAUCUCGGGCCUGUGUCCGUAAACCCGUUCGUGGGAUUCAAAGUGGCGAAACUCGAUGGGAGGCCGAUCCUAAACCCGACGUUUGACCUCCUAGUGACUCCCAAUGCAAAGGGUGUCCACGCGCUCAAUGGUCUGAAAGAAGGAAUUAAACAUCAGUUUGGAGGCGGAUACCCUGGUCCCUAUCCCGGCCCUGUUCCUGGUCCCUAUCCCGGUCCUGUUCCUGGUCCCUAUCCCGGUCCCAUCCCUGGUCCCCUCCCAGGUCCCGUCCCAGGUCCCUAUCCAGUCCCUGUACCCUAUCCAAAUCCUCCGUACAACCCUUACCCACAGCAACCCGUUCCUCCUGUAUAUACACCUCCUGAGCCUGUGUACACCCCCCCUAAACCUGUGUAUACCCCACCCAAGCCAAUAUACACCCCACCCAAGCCAAUAUACACCCCGCCAGUAUACACCCCGCCCGUCAAGCCCAUUGCCGACUACAGCAACCAACACCACAAACCUCCGGGUUAUGUCGCCCCCGUGGCUGACUUCUCGCCUGCCGUCCACAUCCCUCACAGGCCCAUCUCGGGAUUCCAUGGCGAUGAACCGGUCCAAGUCCACCACCACGAGCACACCCACUACCAUGACCACGACCACGACCACGACUCCUCUCGCCCAUUUACCUCCGGGGGCUUUGUUCCUAGUUUGCAAGGCUUUGGUCGUUCUGAUCUCCGUCUGGAUGACGACGAGCCACUGCCUCUCGCUUCCUCGUCCUCGUUAUCGUCACCGAGUUCCUCUUUCUUUCCCUCGUCGUCGAGUAAGUUUGACCGUUCGGAGUCCUCCAAGGUGACUUUCUCGACGCGCGCGUCCGAUUCGCCCAAGUCGUCGUCGGGUUCAUCGUUCAAGUUCCCGGAUUCCGUAGCAGUAAUGUCGCACUCGCACCGAUUAAUCGAAAGGCGGAAGUGUAAGAGCUUACGCCACUGUAACAAGCCCGCUACAUUGUUCCUCAAGGUGGCAGGGAACCGGGAGGGAAACCCAUCUUCACCGCGUCUCAUAAGCGAGGUGGGCGACUUCCUGAGUAGCCUCCCCAUUGAUGUAACGCUGAGACUCUCUAACCAUCCUCAUCCUCCUCACUACGCCCUUCCCGCCCCCUAUCCUCCGCCCUCGCCCCACGCAACCACCGAGCCCCACCCAUAUUCCGAAACGUCUCCUGCACGCUUAGGAUCCUUACCCACUUCUCCUCUUCCUUCUUCUUCUUCUUCUUCUUCUUCCUCUCAUCCUUCGAGCUUGCAAAGACUGAAUCCUCUACAGCCCUUCCCUCCUCCUCACUCACCUCUCGGCUUGUCUCGCCUGGGGCUUCCUGUCUCCCCCCUGCGACACCCUCCCCCUCCCCCGGGCGCUCCUCCUUCCUCCCUGCGACCUCUUCGACAUGGGACCUUACUGGACAGAAGGUUAGGCGUGCCCGUGCUGCAUGACCCCUUGCGGUUGAGGCCUCCGUUCGUGCAUGGACUUCCUCCUCCUCCUCCUCCUCGUCCUCCUCACGGCAUGCGUCGGCCGCUCCCACCCCUCGGCUACCUCGGCGAGGACAGGCUCUGCCGCCACGCCAACUGCAGGGGCCUCGCCUACUACUGCCAGCGUGAUUUCGCUUCCCCCGAGUGCGCCCUGUUCGAGGUGUGUUGCAACCCUGAGAUAUUCCAGGGCGCUUUCUCCUCCUCCUUCAAUUCCUUCGCUAAUCCUGGGACCUGCGGCUAUAGGCUCACGGAGGGCAUCAACGGGAGAAUCCGACAGCCACUGCAGAAGGAAGGGGAUGCUGAAUUCGGCGAGUACCCUUGGCAAGCCGCAAUUCUGAAGAAGGAAGGGGUUGACAACGUGUAUGUGUGUGGAGGAACUCUUAUAGACGACCGACACGUGCUAACAGCUGCUCACUGUGUUAAAGGAUAUGAUGCCAUUGAACUGAGGGUAAGAGUCGGCGAGUGGGACGUGAACAGUGACACCGAAUUCUACACCCACGUCGAGAGUGAUGUCAAUGGUGUAUUUGUUAACCCUGAUUUCUAUUCGGGGAACCUCAUCAACGACAUCGCCGUCGUCAGGAUGACCGUCCCUGUUGACUUCGUUAAAAACCCCCAUAUCUCGCCGGUGUGCCUUCCCGCCCGGAGCCAAGACUUCACAGGGCGUCGUUGCUGGAUCACAGGCUGGGGCAAGGACGGCUUCGGCGAGGAGGGCCAGUACCAGAGUAUUCUGAAGGAAACGGACCUGCUGGUGAUACCGCCUGGAGAGUGCCAAGCUAGGCUGCGUCAGACGAGGCUCGGGCCUUCGUACAGACUGCACCCCGGCAUGCUGUGUGCUGGAGGCGAGCUGGGCAAAGACGCGUGCAAGGGUGACGGCGGAGGCCCCCUAGCUUGCGAAGACCCGACUGGCAGGUUCCAGUUAGCCGGCAUCGUCUCCUGGGGGAUUGGGUGCGGCCAAGCGGGGAUUCCUGGUGUUUACGUCAACGUGGCUUACUACAUAGACUGGAUAGCACAGAUUACGCAGUUUUAAGUCGAAGUCGGUUGUCUGUUUUCCUUCGUGGGUUGUAGAGAAGGACGCGAAAGAAGGAGAAGAUUAGACGGAGGAGAUGGAGGCGAGAAAUAGAAAAUGAAGGAAGUGAAAGAAGGAGAGGAUUAGACGGAGAUGGAAGAGAAAAAGAGAAAAUGUCUUGUUUUCUGGAGUGUCAGCUGGAAAGUAGUAGACGAAAAGGGGGUGAAGAAGGCGGAAGAAAAAAGUAAAAGAGAGAGAAUAGAAAUUUUAAAAACUACAUAUUAGUUGUUUUGUUCUGGAGAAUAGCGGUUCAUCUACGCUGGAAGGAAACUGCACAGGCGUUAAUUUAAUGUCAUAAGUAGUUCGUCUCAGUUAGAUUUCAUUUCAGUAUAUCACUUCACUCUUGUUUUUUUUUACACAUCACAACAUUUGUUUUCCAUGCUGUUAAUAAAUGUACUGUUAUUAUUACAGAGUAAGAAUUUAAAAAAGAAAAACAUUUCACGUGAUUGUCAUUCAGUCUUAAAAAGGGAUUUAUUUUGAGAAACGCUUCUUGCCAUUAUCACUGUUCUUAUUGAUUUUAGUUAUAUUUGUCAUUACUGUAACUAUUGAUAUUGUCAUUACUAUUAUUAUUUCUGUCAUUAUUAUUAUUAUCGUCAUUACUAUUUUUUAUUAUUAUUAUUAUCACUAGUAUUACUAUUAUUAUUAUCAUUAUUAUUAUUAUUUUAUUAGUCUUGUUAUUAUUCUAUUAUUAUUAUCAUUAUCAUUAUUAUUGCGAUGGUGAUGAUGAUGAUAAUGAUGAUGAUGAUGAUGAUGAUGAUUAUGAUUACUAUCACCUUUAUCAUCAUUGAUCCAAGUGCGUUCUAUUAUCAAUCACUGUUACGUAUUUUUUUUACCUGGUUUGUGAGUGUCGCUGCUGGCCAGCUGGUAUGUGUAAAUACAUGUUAACUUGUUAUUCAGUUACUAAAAGAAAUAAAGCAAGUAAGUUGUGUCA